AUGGGCGCCUAUUAUCGCCACCGCUCGCCGCUCCAGCGGCAUCAACUACUCCUCCCGGCGGUGCUGGUGCUGCUCGUCAUCGUCGGUGCGGCGGCAGCCAAGGGGGCGGGCCGGAAUGUGAUCACGCACAUCAAGGGGUUCGAAGGCCAGCUGCCCUUCCACCUCGAGACAGGGUACGCGGAGGUGGAUGAGGAGCACGGCGCCCGGCUGUUCUACUACUUCAUCGAGUCGUAG